AUGCGGGAGCUAGACCCCUUGAUCUCGGAAUACCGCCAUGAGAAGAAACGCCCGAGAGAGUCAGAGGCGCUCUUAAUCCUCCGCAAAGUCGCGUCUCUGGUCAAACCGAUCAUGCGACAGCGUGCCUGGAGAGUUGGUGCGCUCUGCGAGUUCUAUCCGCAGCAGCGAAAUCUGCUGGGAUUGAAUGUCAACUCAGGGCAAAAAAUUUGCCUAAGACUACGAUACCCCUCCGAUCAGCGACAGUUCCUCCCUAUUGAAGAAGUUGUAGAUACUAUGCUUCAUGAACUCUGCCAUAACUUAAUUGGUCCUCACAACCAGCAAUUUCAUGCGCUGUGGAACCAACUUCGUGAUGAGCAUGAAGAACUCGCCCGGAAAGGAUACACCGGAGAGGGUUUCUUAUCACAAGGAAAGCGUCUUGGUGGCCAGAGGAUUCCACUGGACGAAGCUCGGCGUCAAGCUCGUGCCGCUGCUGAGCAGCGGAAGAUUCUCUCUAAGAAUUCCGGCAAAAAGCUCGGCGGCGCCCCCGUGCUCCGAGGAACAGAUAUACGCAAAAUCAGGGCUGACGCCGCUCAGAGGCGUAUUGAAGUAACCCAGGGAUGUGCGUCUGGUACAGAUCGCAGCACCGAACUUGCGGAAGAGGCCUCGCAUGGAUUCAGAACUCAGGCCGAGGAAGAUGAUGCGAACGAGCGAGCUAUAAUGGAGGCCUUUAUUGAAUUAAUACAGGAAGAAGAAAGGGAAAAAUAUGAGUCCUCCUAUGUUCCGCCAAGUCAACAAAACCCAGCGGGACCUCGAACAAAAUCAUCACCACCACUCACUGCUUCUGACACCUCGCCUGCUACUUCUGAAGCCCAACCUGUAAUGCCACAGGUUACUUCAUCGUCUAAUAACAAUAUUACUGUUGAUCUCACAGCUGAUAACAGCUCAUACGAGGCCCCCUGGACAUGCUCAACCUGCACCCUCGAGAACCCCUCUACAUUCCUAUGCUGUGAUGUCUGUGCUGCAGAACGACCACCUCCGACCAAUACCUUGUUCACAACAACGUCCAUAUCUACUUCUGGCCGAACAUCUGCACUACCAGCGCGCUCAGAGCCCCGUAACUCAAAGAAACGGUCUGCACCUCUUGAUCGAAAGGAAGACAAGGACAUAAAUCCUAGGGAUACGUUUGCUUUCAAGAAUCGCACUCGUGCACUAGAUACCCUGAAAUCCUUGGACCGGGAUGCUGAUAAAAAGCCCCUUGGUUGGCUCUGCACCUCAUGCAGUAGCUUUAUGGAAACCCAAUGGUGGACAUGUUCCUGUUGCGGGACAAUGAAGCCGUCCUCUUAA